AUGAAGGUAGGAGUGAUUGAGACCCAUCACUCCCAUACAGUUGUUCCCAGAGUGGUAGUGCAAGACACCAGUGAGGAUGCUGGACUGAUGGACAAAAGGGAAAACAGGUAUGCCAGAUUUACCAUUUUAUGUCUGCACUGGUAUCUACCUGGUGCACUUGCACGCUACAAUAUUAACAACAAUAGUAAUAAGGAUGAAGAGAAGAAAAAGAAAAAAGAGAAGAAGAGCAAGUCAGAAAAAAAAAAGGAUGGAGAAACACAAAAGACCAAGGAAAAAAAGGAGAAAAAAAACCCUAAAGAUAAGUCAAAGAAGAAAGAAAACAAAGAAGAGAAGAAGAAAGAUAUUUUAAUUAUUGAUCCAGCAGGAAAUAUGUAUUACAACUGGUUGUUUUGCAUCACAAUGCCUGUCAUGUACAACUGGACUAUGAUUAUUGCUAGAGCGUGUUUUGAUGAGCUUCAGCGUGACUACUUAGCAGCAUGGUUUAUUAUUGAUUACAUUUCUGAUGCCAUCUAUGUUGCUGACAUGUUUGUACGGACAAGAACAGGCUACCUGGAGCAAGGUCUUCUGGUGAAAGAAGAACAAAAGCUUCAGGAGAAAUAUAAGACAUCUUUUCAAUUCAAAUUAGAUUUUCUGUCAAUCAUACCAACUGAUCUCUUAUACUUUAAGUUAGGACUGAAUUACCCAGAGUUAAGAAUAAACAGACUACUUAGAGUAGCUCGGAUGUUUGAAUUCUUUCAGCGAACAGAAACAAGGACAAACUACCCAAAUAUCUUCAGGAUCUCUAACCUUGUCAUGUACAUUGUGAUUAUUAUUCAUUGGAACGCCUGUGUGUACUACUCGAUCUCAAAAGCCAUCGGGUUUGGGGCUGACACAUGGGUCUACCCCAACACCUCCGAUCCUGAAUUUGCCCGUCUGACUAGAAAGUAUGUUUACAGUCUUUACUGGUCGACACUGACCCUGACUACUAUCGGUGAAACACCCCCUCCUGUAAGAGAUUCCGAGUAUUUCUUCGUGGUCAUUGACUUCUUGGUUGGAGUAUUGAUCUUUGCUACCAUUGUUGGUAACGUGGGCUCUAUGAUCUCCAACAUGAACGCUGCCAGGGCAGAGUUUCAAGCAAGGAUUGAUGCUAUCAAGCAGUAUAUGCACUUUCGGAAUGUGAGUAAAGACAUGGAAAAAAGAGUUAUAAAGUGGUUUGACUACCUGUGGACAAACAAAAAGGCUGUGGAUGAAAGGGAAGUCUUGAAGUAUCUGCCAGAUAAAUUAAGAGCAGAGAUUGCAAUCAAUGUUCACUUGGAAACGCUAAAAAAAGUUCGGAUUUUUGCAGACUGUGAAGCUGGUCUGUUGGUUGAACUGGUUUUGAAACUCCAGCCCCAAGUGUACAGUCCUGGAGAUUAUAUCUGCAGAAAAGGAGAUAUUGGGCGAGAGAUGUACAUAAUCAAAGAAGGCAAGCUGGCAGUAGUUGCCGAUGAUGGAGUUACCCAAUUUGUAGUCCUAAGUGAUGGCAGCUAUUUUGGAGAAAUCAGCAUUCUUAAUAUCAAAGGUAGCAAAGCUGGCAAUCGAAGAACAGCCAAUAUUAGAAGUAUUGGAUACUCAGACUUGUUUUGUCUGUCUAAAGAUGAUCUCAUGGAGGCUUUAACUGAGUAUCCAGAUGCAAAGGCCAUGCUGGAAGAAAAAGGCAAGCAAAUCCUAAUGAAAGAUGGGUUGCUGGACAUCGAAGUUGCAAAUUUAGGAAGUGAUCCUAAAGACCUGGAAGAGAAGGUCAGCUACAUGGAAAGAGCGAUGGACAGAUUACAAACAAAGUUUGCCAGGUUGUUGGCCGAGUAUGAAGCUGCACAACAAAAACUGAAAAAGAGACUUACACAAAUUGAGAAAAUAUUGAAGCCAGUUAUAGAGCAAGAAUUUACAGACUUAGAAGAAGCAGAUCCAUCCACAGAUAAACCUGGAGUGUCAAAAGCAGAAUAA